UUAUAUAUCUGCCUUCACGUCCUUGUCCAACUUGCUUUGUGAAAUUAAAUUCCAAGCUGGUUAAAAGCACCAUUCAUGUGCUGCUAAACACAAAUCACUCUCGAUGAAUUCUUGUUCAUCGCUAUUUUUGUUAUUACUCUAAGAUUAAGAAGACGACCCUCAAUACUAGUUUUUGGUUGAUAUGCACACAAACACGUGCUUUGUAUCUAUAGCUUGUAGAGAUUGCGUAAAAGUUAUAAAAGAUUUUGGUUUUUAGCAUCCCAUGUGUUAAUUACUUUACUUAAUUUGAUCAUAUAUAUGCCAAGUCAAACUUGGAAUUUGAUUUCACCUACCAGUGUUAUUGGCCCAUUAACCAGUUUUGAUUAUUCUCUCAAUAUCUGAUUUUUUAUACACCAAAUAAUUCCAUUUAUAGUUUGAUUCUUGACAUUCAACACGAACACAUGCAUUUAAUACUUUCUUUUUAAUAAUGCUUUCAAGAUUUAGAGUUGCGUCGAGGAAGGUGUCUAAGUUUCAGACACCUUCCAUGGCGAAAUUCACGUUUCAGAACAAAGUGGCGUCGUUUUUUAGAUUACGCUUUGUUGGUGGAGUUUUGGUGGCUCUUUUAUUGGUUUGGGCUAUUUGUUCAUUUGAGCCUUGGCAUCAUUUUUCAAGGUUAUUGGCUAAACACAGGAGCAAUUUAGCAUCAGAGCUCGUCGGGACUAAAGAUUGCGCCGAUGGGGCGCAGGGCGUUAACCUAAUCCACGACCCACCUGAGACCACAUUCUACGACGACCCCAAUCUCAGCUAUUCGAUUGGGAAACCAAUCAAAGGGUGGGAUGAGAAGAGACGUGAGUGGCUGAUGCAUCAUCCGUCAUAUGUCGCCGGAGCACGUGAUCGGGUUUUCGUAGUCAGCGGAUCACAGCCGUCGGCUUGUCGUAAUCCGAUCGGUGAUCAUUUCCUGUUGAGAUUGUUCAAGAAUAAGGUUGACUACUGCCGAAUCCACGGCUACGAUAUCUUCUACAACAACGCCCUUUUGCACCCGAAUAUGCACUCUUUUUGGGCCAAAAUACCGGUGGUUCGGGCCACGAUGGUGGCCCACCCGGAGGCUGAGUGGAUCUGGUGGGUCGACUCGGACGCCGUGUUCACCGACAUGGACUUCAAGCUUCCUUUGGAGAAGUACAAAGAUCACAACCUCGUGGUGGACGGAUGGCCCGGUUUGAUCUACGAACAUCGGAGCUGGGUUGGGCUAAACGCGGGGGUUUUACUUAUCCGAAACUGUCAAUGGUCGAUAGACUUCAUGGAGGUUUGGGCCAGCAUGGGCCCACAAACACCAAACUAUGAGAAAUGGGGUGAGACCUUCAAAUCAGCGCUCAAGGACAAGGAAUACCCAGAGUCGGACGAUCAGUCGGCUCUGGUUUAUUUGAUGUUGGAAGGGAAGGACACGUGGGCGACCAAGAUUUAUUUGGAGAAUCAAUACUGCUUUCAAGGGUACUGGGUGGGGUUAGUGGGGACACUUUACAACAUUACCGAUAAGUACGCGGGGAUUGAGAAAGUUGUGCGCAGGUUAAGGAGGCGACAUGCAGAGAAGGUGAGCGAGGGCUACGGUGCGCUGUGGGAGAGGCAUCUGGACGAAGCCGGCUACUGGAAGGAAACUGGACGGAGGCCGUUUAUCACGCACUUCACGGGCUGUCAACCGUGUAGUGGGGACCACAACCCGGCGUACGGUGGUGAUUCGUGCUGGAAGGGGUUGGAGAGAGCUUUGAAUUUUGCGGAUAAUCAGGUGCUUCGUCGUUAUGGAUUCGUGCACCAGGACCUACUGGAUCUUUCCUCCGUUUCAUCUGUGCCGUUUGAUUUUCCCGCAUGAGAGAGAGAACAUGGCUACUUUUCGGAGUAUAAAAAGAAAAAGAAAAGAAAUGCAUAUUUUUAAUUCUUAUAUAGAAUUUGCAUAGGUGCCUCUCCAGUGUAUAUUAAUUACUGUAGUUUUUUAAUAUUAUUUCAUAGUGUAUAUUAAUUAGUUUAAAGCAUGGUUCAAAUAUACGAGGCAUUGAUCGAGUUUGUAAA